CCGGUUCUUUCCGAGACGUUAAAUUCGCACAAGUUAGAUCCUACCAACGUUUUAGCUCGUAGGGCACCACAUUUUUGUUAUUUAUUUUAUUUUGAACUUAUUCUAUUGUUAUGAAGUACAUUAUUUUACUCAAUACUACACAAAACUGUAAUGUUAUAAAAGUUUAGCAUAUUUACAGUUUGGCUCUUGCCUUUUUGUUUACGAAGGAUCAAUACGCUGUCGCAAGCGUCGCGAAGGAGGUUCUUUUGAAAAUAUUUUUUCUGCCUUUUUUAGUCUUUAUAUAUUUAAAUGGUCAUGUGUCGAAACACUGGGAGCUUUUUCAGUUAGUUUUUUUUUACUUAGUCCAAGUUGACUGUAAAGAUGGCUACAGUAGAGAUGAUCGCUGCUGGCUGUAAGGGAGAUCAGGAGGAGAGGAUCUCUUCAAAAGAGAAGACGCCCUCUGUUUUAAGUGAAUCCAAUUUGAACUUUUCCAAGCUCACUCCUCAACAGUUUGGCAUCUCUACGGAGAGUUUUACACCAUCCUCUUCAUCCCAACGGCAAGAUAAAUCUCGUCUCGCUCAGAUAAAAGCAAGACGAAGAUCCAGCGUUGGUGUCCGGGGCUCACCAGAGACCAACUCUCUGAUCCGGUUCAUGGCUCAACAGAAGAUGAAGACUGCACCAAGUUCUCGAACUCCAGAGAUUGUUCGUGGUAGCCCCUUGGUGGCCUCCACUCUGAAGCAGAAGAUGGCCUCCUUCCAGAGUCUGAUGGAUGUGGUGGAGCGGGAGGCCGCUGAUGCGCUGCCAGAGCCGGGCAGCGGCCCUGGAGGAUGCAGAAAUCCUCUUUCGGACAGGAUUAACCUUAAUGAAGGAAAGGAGAACAACCCCCCAGCAGCUCCUGCACCCAGCAAGAGGAGGCGCCUGGAGAUUAGAGAGGCGUGUGGAGCUCUGCCCGACUCGACUCCGAAGGAGCAAGAGGGGGCUGUGUGUCGGGUCCAAAGCCCUGCCCCGCCCCCCUCUGCAGAUCCUGCGGCUGCUUCAUCAUCACAGCAGACCUCGCCCUUCCUCAUCUCCUCUCUGCCUUUGUUGCAGGAUCCUAAACCCACAGAGGAAGGAACCCCGUCUGUGGUGAAAGUGAAGAAGCAGGUGCGCUUCGGCGGUCCUCUCUCACCCGAGUUCUUUGACAAGAACUUGCCCCCCAGCACCCCGCUGCAAAAAGGUGGAACUCCAGCACGGGGGUCCACUCCUGGCGGGGGCGUGCCGCUGCGCUCUGUGCUGAAGACCCCCCAAAGCUGCGAAGCGAGGGCAGCGGGGGGACAGCUGGACUGUCUCAGCCCGUCUGAGUUUGAAGUUUCCCCCACACUAGUUUAUUCUGGCAGACGCAGAAUAAACCCUGAAGGUCAUGACGGAGGAGGCGAACACCCAAAGAUCGUUUUUCCUGUGUUGGAUGAGACGGACUCUGCACCGACGAGCCAUCCAGACCAUGAUUUUGACACCCAGCCACUGAAUUUGGACACCGCUUUCCAUGAAGAGUAUUUGUCUCACAGUCUGCCUGAUCUCUGUGCUGGUUCUAACACAUCGUGUCACACGGGUGUCCUGGAUGAACUCCUGCCAGAAGACGAGCCGCAAAAGGAGGGAGUUGAUGGUUCAGCUCCUCCUCCAUGCAAGAACACACAGGCGGCCACAGAACUGAAGGCCAGCAGUGAGGCUCCACGCUCCAGAAGAAAGAGAAAGCAGCCAGAGGAGAGCGAACCUGUAAAGAGGUCAACGCGCUCUGCUGCCAAGUCCGCCAGUGGGAGGCUGAAGGUGACCUCCACCCGUAAGUGGAACAAAGGCGUGGACCGCUCCCUGUACGGCUCCCGUGCGUACGCCUCCAAGAAUCCCAGUCUGAGUCCCAUCAGGGAGAGAUUGUCCCUCAGCGGCCGACCUCCAGCUGUGAGCUGCUCCGAGAGUCCUGUCAAGCCUGAGAUGGCAGACGCCGCCACAGAGGCGAGCGAUGCGGCGGUGGAAAACACCCCAGAAUCUGCCACGAACGCCGUUGUCUGCAAGCUUAGAGGCAGAAGAGGACCGAAGGUGAGGAAGGUCAGCGUUCCCGACAGCCAGGAUCUUCAGGACGUGCACGCUGAGGACCCAAGCACCUCCGUCUUUCAGGAUUCGUGGGAACUUCCAUCCCAGCUCCCUGAACCCGGAGCGCCGGGCGCCGACGGUGAAGAUCUUUGUUCCUCUGGGAAACCGCAGCCCCACGAAAGUGCAAAAUCUGACGGCAUGCGGGGCGGAGAGCUUCCAGACUGCACGGAGGAGGCGGUGCUGGUUGGUGAGGUCGCUGAGGGCCCCCCCAACAGCUCCGGCGUUCAGGAGGAGGGGGUGGGGGUGGGCGAGGCAGGCCUUGCUCCUUGGCAGGCUGACUUCAACUUUGAGGACGUGUUCAAACCUGUAGCCACCAGAGGGCAGCGCUCCGUCCGCAGAAGCCUAAGGAACCAAAGGUCGAGCACGGCGCUGGGGGGGCGGGGCUCGCCUGGGUGCCUCACACCUCUCCUGAGGCCAUCAGGGAGACGCGCAGGAGGACCGGCGGACGCCGACGCAGCGCCGCUCCGCCCAUCCAACCUGCCCCCCCAGAGGAGGCGCACAACUCCACCCCUGACCUUAUGUGAAAGACGCUGACUGGGAAUCAACAGACUGACGGGAUUCUAACUACUGACUUCCAAAAAAAUAUCCCACCCACCCACCUGCUCAUCACAUUGUAGCCUCUGCCAGAGCCGCGGGUAUCGACUUCCAGAUUUUUGAUCCGGUUUCUUAGAGGAUGCAUCCUCAGCCUCCCUCUAAGAAACUGGAUCAAACAUCUGGAAGUCGAUACCCACUGAAGGCCCCCCUUUUUUAACUUCACAUCCUUUCAAAGAAAUGUCAAAAUUCAGCCGUUUAGGCUGAUUUGAAUCCCAAAAAAAGGAAGGAAGCGACUUGUUCUCUAAUCCAGAUGUUCUAAAGAACAAGCCCAAAGCGUCUGAGCCGUGUGCUGACUUCACCUCACCUCUGACAGAUUUCUCUUCAUGACUCCCAGGAUGAUUUGUUUUAUUUCUCAGCCUUUAUGGAACAAACUGCCUCAUAAGUGAUUGAUCUGGUCUACAUUUGGGACGCCUCCAAGUGCCUGGAAGUGAAUUGACUCCUAACCCCCCUCCUUGCUUUUCCGCCCGUUAUGGAUUCAGAUCCGCCGCUCUUCACUUUCUCCAUCCAUCAGUCAAGAGCAGAACAGAGAGGAGCCGUAACAAACGGAGUUUCUGAUUCACUCCACAUUGGAAAAUUGGCUCCCAGAAUGAUGCAUGGCGGCGAUCUAUCCUGCCACUGCCUCCCCUUUACGUCACGUCAGUCACUUGGCUGAAGGACGCCGGAGGUUUCUGGCUCUUCUCCUCCAGUCUCACUGAAAGACAAACGACCGGAGUCUGGAUUCUGUGUUACAUCAGUGGCGCCACACUGCCAUCUUGUGGCAGCUUGUAGGAAUUGCAUUUAACAAGUUCUUCCAACUUGACCAACUAAGUUGACAUUAGAGAAUAAAACUGAUGACAUUGGUUUCCUUUA